UUUUUUUUUUUUUUUUUACUGUUCGUCUACCAUAUCAGCUACAAUUUUAUCUACAAUCUCAUCUACCUUAUAUUAAUAAUAUUUGACUACCUCUAAGUAGGGUGCCUAUAUCUAUUACAUCCUCCCUGACCUAUGUAUCAUCGAAGCUCGCCCUUUUGGUUAGUAUAUCCACAUUAUUAUCUACCGUACCCUGAUAACAUCCAUAACAUCCCAUUAUCUACAAUUUUUAAUUCCGGCCAAUACGACGUAACGCUGCAAAACGCCCGCCACCAACCCCACUACAGGCAGCUACCUAGGUACCUACCUAAGUAUGUGAGCUGGCUAAGCUGACACAAGGUGGCAAUAACUAACAAAUUAAAAAUAAAACAAAUUAAAACAAACCAACCCACUCACCCACCAUAAGCCAUCAUCACGCUACGUCACAUUCAUGAUUCCGCUGAAUUACAAGUACUAACCCUGCCUUGUGUACCACCUAAAGGAGAGGUAUGCAGGUUAAUUCGGAGUAUACGACCUAAGACAAGACGAGAAGAGCCUAUUAUAAUCCACUUCUCCAGCUUUCAAGUCCAACCUAAGCCGCUUCGUGCUUCGUGCGUUUACAUAGUAGCUAUUUUAGCUAUUAUUAUCGGAAACUAGUAAAUUGGAAACUAUCAGAUCCGCAACACGAUCACUCACGCCAUCCCUACACCAAAGACACCAGACCGAGACCCCAAUUCGAAAAUUGCCCACCAUGAGCAUCAACCGGCAAGAUAGUACCGACCUGAUAGACCUUUCACCGCCCUCCUCCGGCCACUCUACUCCCGUUUCCCACCACACCCCGUCACCUCAAACCCGUUCGUAUACGUACCCAAAGUCACAACCACGAUCGCAACCACAAUCUCCUCAGCGCCAAGGCUCUUCUUCUUCCUCCGGCGGUUACGGCAUCGGCUCCGCCGUCCUCGGUCUCUGGCGACGCUUCUCCUCUCUCGAAUCGCCACCCCCUCACCCGCCGUCCCACACCCAGCUAUACAACGCCAACUCGGAACCCGUCGGCGUAGGCGACGGCAUAACGGGUCCCUUCAUCCCGCCGACGCGCCGCAGUCCGUCGCCUCUGCGCGGGCUGCCUUCCCUCGAGCCCCUGACGCUGCGCGGCUACCGCGCCGACACGAGAGAGUCCGAGAGGCUGCUGGCGCGCGGCCUGGCGGAGGAGAUCCGGACUUUCUUGCCCGAGCGCUUGAAGAUCAUCGAGGACUGGACGUUGAUAUAUAGCUUGUACCAGGACGGCAGCUCGCUCUCGACCCUGUAUAAGCGGUGCGAGGAGUACCGCGGACGCAGGGUCGGGUUCGUGCUCGUCGUGCGAGAUGGAAAGGAAGGGACCUUCGGCGCAUACCUGACGGAAGCGCCGCACCCGGCGCCAUCUUACUUCGGCACAGGGGAAUGCUUCCUCUGGCGCGCGAGCUUACACGCCCCUCUACCCCCACCCCCUUCCGCCGACACAACCAACGUCAACUUCCGCACGACGACAAUCGCAUCAUCCACCACCUCCUCCUCCCCUCUACCACGCAACGACCGGCUGCCCGCGAGCCAACUAGCGCCGGCGCCGACGGGCCUCGAGACGGGCCGGGCGUCGCCGAAACCGAAGCCGGUCACGACGCAGAGCAUCCGGUUCCAGAACUUCGCGUUCACGGGCGCCAACGACUACUGCAUCUUCUGCGAGACGGGGUUCCUGUCGGUCGGGGGCGGGCGGGGCGGCACCUUCGGCCUGUGGCUCGACAACGGGCUGAGCCGCGGCCACAGCGCGCCGUGCGACACGUUCCUGAACCAGCCGCUCAGCGAGGAGGGCGAGAAGUUCGACGUCCUGGGCGUGGAGAUGUGGGUUGUCGGGGGCUGAUCU